AUGCGGUUGUUACUGGUUUUCCUCGCCUUGUUUCUCUCCAUUUCCGUUAGAGUGUCAGGUCAGGACCAAAACAGAAAGUUGCCCGCUGACCUCCAGGUCAACCUCCUCUUUCCACGCGCAAACGAGACAUACGCGCCUACACAAUGGUUUCCCAUCAUAUUCGAUAUCACGAACCUCGAUGCCGUCUGGCCGCUCGACGUGUACGUGGAUAUUGAAAUCUACAGCAUGUCCUGGAGAAUUAACAACACCGGGUCCUCCUCCUGGCAGGACGUGGCCCCGCGAAUCAACAAAGCCCUCCUGGCGGAAGCCUUCAAUUCAACCACACCGGGCCAGCAAUUCUUCCACACUCCUCUUGUCAACAUGACAAAUGGCACGACAGAUCAGUAUGCCAUCAGAUGGGCACUCAGUCUCGAGCCCCGAUGUUUUCACGAUGGAUCUGUUGAAGAGAAGGGCUGGUCAAACCGGCCUGAAAACGGCGGCAGCCGCGUUGUCAUGUUUAGUUCGGCGCCUGGUGCCCAGGUGCCCGACAUUGAGUCUGCCGUAGACGCCUGCCCAGAGUCUGACCAAGAGAACUCGGUGGCCGUGCGUAUUACCGACGUGAAGUAUCCAAACGGUCUGCUGGACGAAGACGGGCAGAAACAGACAUGUCCAGUUUUUGAUACAAGUAUCGAGCCGGAGCAAUGUGCCUACAAGUCGUUAGCCAGCGAGCUUGCUACAAACAUCUCGACCAAGAUACUGGAACAAAUGGGAUGCGAAGAAGGUACAUGGCAGAACAUCACGGCGCCCUGUCAGAAAAAAAGAAGCGCAGGUUCGCCUCGAAACCCGAAUUCUGGGAUGAGCUGGGCUCCGCUGGCCCUCAUUUUAGUCAUGGUGAAGAUUUUAAAUUAG